CGAGCAACCCCAUCAAACAUCUCAGCCAACGCCGAUGCGAGGUACGUAAGAACUACGCAGCUCCAUCCAAAGACAAGCAAGUCAAUCGCGUCGGUGACGAUUAUUUCUUCCGUAAAGACCAUCGCCGUCAUUUUCACUCUCAGUACCAUGGUCUGGAGUGCAGACCCAUAAGGGACUGACUGCGCAACUUGCCGACCGCGAUGAGCCGGUGAUGACUUCGCAUGACCCGGUCCCCUUCAUCAUUCCACAAGAGCUUUUAAACGCAGUACCCAGAAUCUCUUCGCCUCUCAUUCCCUCCGUGGCGAAGCACAAAUAUCUCCCCCCGCCGCUCCGCCAUAGAAUGCUCUCGUUGCUGAGAAGGCUGGCCCCUUUAAAUGCGCGCGGGCGGCCGAAGCGAACAUCAGCGCUCUGUUGCGAUUGUUUAUGGUACCGGCCUACCAAGAAGAGUUACUGGAAAAAAGAUGGCGAGAGAUACACCCUCGUGAAGCCGGGGAUAGGCGCGUGGGAGAUUUGGGACAACAGAGUAUCGACGUGGACAUCCAGGUUCUCGUUCCAGUGUCCAGCCUGUUGGCUCAAAGAGAGAAUGGCCAUUUUAGAACGGGCUGGCAAAAUUCAACGGCCUCUGCCAUGAACUACUUCACCUCCUAUUAUCGACCAUUGACACCUUUGGGGUCAAACAAACUACGGAAACACCUUGACUCCUUUCCUCGAUACAUUCUAUUCUAGGACAGGCUUGCUUCUACUCAGUCUAUGACAUGGAUGAGGAGACUUUGGCCACACUUUGUGAGUGAGAUGGCCGUGCCGUUGUCCGUGCGUUUGCGGAACGCA